GUUCAAUAAUGGAAGAACGUAGAUUGCCACCUCAUUUAAGAAGAACUCAAUAGUAAUAGCCAAUCAAUCGAGAACCUGAAUAGCCUAUAUAAUAACCUCCUGUGCAAUAAAGAUAAGCGAAUGCAUACUAAUAGCCAUAACAUGAUAAUCAUUAAUAAUAAUACAAUGCAUAAUAAUAACAUGUAGGUCAAUAAUAAUACCAACAAUAACAACCAUAUCAACCUUAAUAACUAUUUCCUCAAUAAUAGGUAGAGUAGCAGCGAAAACCAUCAAAAAUUGAUGUUGAUUAGAUUCCUAGACCAUAUGUAAAGUCAGAAGAAUCUAUUCUGUAUUAAUAGUAAUUCUUAAUAUUUAUAAGAGGUUCUCAACAGCUCCUGCCCCUUUAUAUCACCCUCCUUCUGUGCAUUAAUUUUAUUAGACUCUUGAUGAAGGAAAUUGUGGACCUAGAUAUAUGAGAAGUUCAGUAUACGCAAUAGGAAAUGAGCCAUCUAUUCUACAGUAAACAGAGAUUCCUUUUGGUAUUGUUGUUUAGCCACUAAUGGAACCAUCUCUUUUUGAAUCAGAAUUGCCUUAAGUAGAAUUUACAAAUGAACCAUUGCGUUGCUAGAGAUGUAAGGCAUAUGUUAGUCCUUACUUUUAAUUUGGUUAAGGAGGUAAUAUCUAUGUGUGCAACAUUUGUAAAAUGAAGAAUUAGGUGCCACCUGAUUAUUAUUGUGUGUUGGGUUAGGGAAACUAAAGAGGUGAUAAAUUCUAAAGAGAUGAAUUACAUAAAGGUUGUUAUGAGAUAAUAGCUCCUACUAGUUAUAUAAAAAAGGAAAUACAGAACACUUUGAUAUUGUUCUGUAUAGAGUUGACACAAAUAUCAGUGGCAAAGGGUUUGUACUCUUAAGUGAUUUCCUCUCUUCAAUCAAUAUUGGACACAAUUCCUUAUCCAGAUAAAACAGACAUUGCAUUCAUAACGUUUGAUUCAAAAAUUUAAUUUUAUAACAUUCCACAAACCUUAACAGGAGAACCUUAAAUAAUAGUUGUUAGUGAAAUUGAUGAAGCUAAUGUGCCACUUCCACCAGAGAAGCUAUUCUUAAACAUAGAGAAUGACAGAGAUAAAAUAGAUUAUAUGUUAGAGAAACUCAGUAAGUUUGGGGAAACUAUAACUCAAUAGGCAAAUCAACUUGUUUCUGUUGGAACAGUGUUAUCAAAUGCAGUCUAAUUGAUGUAACCCAGAAGCGGACGUAUAUUGUAUUUUGGAUGUUCAGCACCAAGAUAUGGUAUAGGCAAACUACCAUAAAAGCCAACUGAUACUAAAUUAUUUGGUACUGAUUAAGAGAAGUUGUUUUAUCAACCUAACGAUCAAGCUUAUGUCAAAUUAGGACAAACAUGUCUUAAGAACCACAUCUCAGUUGAUUUAUUUAUAGCAAACGAUGAAAAUUUUGAAUUAGCUACUGUUUCUCCAGUUUCAAAUCUAACUGGAGGCAGCAUUUAUUUUUACCCUCAUUAUAACUAAUAAAUUAAUGGAACAGAAUUGCAUUACGCAUUGUAUAGGAAUCUUACAAGGUCUUAUGCUUAUGAUCUCAUCAUGACUGUCAGAACUUCUCCUGGAAUUAUAUUGUUUGAUUAUUACACUGGAGGUGGGAAAAUAUCUGUAAGAGACUUGGAAUUGUCCAGUCUAAAUUCAGAUCAAUCAAUUGCUAUAAUGUUGAAGUAAGAGGAAAAGAUAUUGGAUCCUGAAGCCUAUAUUUAAUAUGCAUUAUUGUUUACUAAUUAAUAAGGUUAGAGAGUGAUCAGAGUGUUCAAUUUACAAUUAUAAGUUGUUAAUAAGAACAGUGGAAACAAUGCAUGGCACAACAUUUUCAAAACUGGAGAUGUCGAUUGCAUUGCUACCUUACUUAGCAGGAAGAAUCUACCAAACAUAAUGGUUCAAUAAAUUAAAUAAAUUAGACAAAGUCUAUUUGAGUCAGUUGUAAAUAUCUUACAUGCAUAUCGAAAAUAUGUAUUAUGUAUAUUUAAUUUAGUGCUCGAGUAAUAGUCCUGCAGGCUAGUUGAUUUUACCAGAAGCCAUAAAAAUCUUACCUCUUUAUUUAUAAACUCUAUCAAAGCGUGAUUUACUUAAAUACGGGAAUGUGAGAAUUGAUAAUAGAAUCUUUGAAAUUCAUUUAGUUCUGACUCAAUCAAUGCAUUUUCUGAACAAUUUCUUUUAUCCAAAGCUAUUCCCAAUUCAUGAUAUUAAUAAUUAACUCGUGGCUGAUAAAUAUUAUGUGGGUACCAUGACUGACGAGGAAAAGACAGUCUUGCCACACAAUGUUGCCACCACAAUUGAUAAAAUUAAAUCGGAUGGAAUUUACCUCUUAGAUACAAGCUAAUUUAUAUAUAUUUAUGUAGGAUAGAAUGCAGAUUAAUAAUUAUUAUAGAAUGUAAUUUAAUCAUUUAAAAUUAGCUAUUUGGAGUGAAUUCUUUUGCAGAACUAAGCUCGAUAGAAUUAUUUACAAAAGUUGAGACUGAUUACAGCACCAAAGUCUAAAAUAUCAUCGAAUCAUUACAGCAGAUCAGAGGUGGUACUUAUGUUCCUGUAAGAGUUGUUCGCUAGAAGUAUUGUAAUAUAAUAUAUGGGUAGUUCUCCAUAGGCUUCUUUAGUACAAUCGAAAUUGGUUGAGGAUGAAUAACAACUUGAAAAAUCAUAUGCUGAUUAUCUUUGUGAAUUGCAUGGAGCUAUCUAAAGUAAAGGAGGUGUGUGA